UUAAAUUUCAUUCAAUCUGGUAGCUCACAUCAAUAGGACCUCGUUUUCUAGAUUUCUAUCUUUUCACCUCAUUAUAAUCGAACAAAAUAUGGGCAUUUUAUUAAAAUAUCAGAGGUAAUCAAGAGUAAAGUCUUGGAGAAUAUAAUUAAAGAAGAAACAGGGGAAGGACCUGGUGUCAUGCAUGCUUAAAACUAUAGUGGGUGGAGGUGGAGGCGGAGGCGGAAUCUGGAAUGGAAAAGGAUAGCUAAAAGAUUUCCAUUUCCUUUUGGGCAAAGUCGCCGUCAUAACAGUCUACUUUCUCCACCUAGUCUAAUUAGCAAUCUGGGUGGUUUUGUUUUGUUGUUUCGGAUUGCAAUUGGUGAUGCUUGCUUUGUUUGAUUGUUAGUGGCUUUGGCUUUGCGCGGGCACUCUUUACAACUGGAGUGAAAUCUAUGCCGUUUGACUAAGGUACUCCGAAAAUUUCAUACAGCAAAAUAUUAUAAAAAAAAAAAGCAUGGUGGUGGGGAAUUGCCGCUCUUCCUCUUCUUCUGCUUCUUCUCCUCCACAAUCAUUUUCCUUAAGUUGCAGUACUCUUGACAAAGGGCUUCUAGAAAGCAUAAUCAAUAUAUCUCCUAGACUCUCCUCUCAAUUAAUUCCUUUUGAGAGGACAGUACUGCACCAAAGUUCCCCAUCUCCAGAUUCUGAGAAAGCAGCAAGUUGCCAUUCUAUUGCAGCAAUUCCUUCUAAUGACACUACAACAUUUAAGUCAUCUGUACAGCUGAGGAAGGAGAUCGCUGCACUUGAAGCUGAAAUUUUGUGUUUGGAACGCUAUCUUCUUUCACUUUAUCAGACAGCUUUUGAAGAGCAUGUACCAACAUUGUCAAAUGUUAAUGGGACCUAUUUACAGUUGAAGGCAAAAUCUCCAACUCAAAUUGCACCAAAUCCAUCUUAUUGUACAGAGCCAGAAAUUGGGAAGGAUGAUUUUUCCCAUCAUAGCCCCGCUUCUUCUGGACUUGAUUCAUUCACUUCAGACUAUGGCAAUUCUGCAAAUUGUUUAAAAGCAGAUUCUACGAGGAGUGAGGACAAAAAAGGUUCUGGUCAUCGCAGCCUCGCUGAUCACCUUGAUGCCUCUCGCUUGGAGAACUACCUUAAUACUCCAGAAAGACUCUCUGAAGAUAUCGUAAGAUGCAUAUCUUCUAUAUACUGCAAGCUACCCAGUGCCCCUCAAAGCAAUGCAGGCUUGUCAGCUUCCCCCACUUCAUCCCUGUCCUCCUUUAGCAUAUUUUCUUCUAAAAAUCCUUGUGAUAGUUGGAGUCCAAAUUACUAUGAGGAUGCUUCUGUACAUAAACUGUCGAAAGAAGAGAGAGGAUCACAUACUUCAAUGGUUGAAGUACUGAGGAUAUAUUUGGAUGAAGAUAGUUUCAAUUAUGCAGCCGAAAUGCUAGAAAAUUUCAGGUCACUGGUUCGUACUCUUGAGAAGAUUGAUCCAACAAGGAUGAAGCGGGAAGAAAAGCUUGCAUUCUGGAUCAACAUUCACAAUGCCCUGGUUAUGCAUGCAUAUUUAGCACAUGGAACUAGUAAUCGUGUAAAAAGAUCCCCUAUUUUAAAGUCAGCAUACAAUGUGGGUGGACAUUGUGUAGAUGCAUACAUCAUUCAAAGCUCAAUUCUAGGAAUUUGGCCACACCUUUCAGCACCGAGGCUACAAAAGUUGUUUUCUCCAGGAAGGAAAUUUAAGACGGGCAACACCAAACAUGUAUAUGCUUUAGAAUAUCCAGAGCCACUUGUUCAUUUUGCACUUUCUUCAGGGGUUUACUCUGACCCGGUGGUUCGAGUUUACACUGCUGAGAGUAUAUUUCAUGAUCUCAAACUUGCAUUCAAAGAUUUCAUUAAAUCCAGCUUGUACAUCUGCAAGGAAUCGAAGAUCUACCUCCCAAAAAUUGUAUACUACUUUGCAAAGGAUAUGUCAUUGGAUGUGUCAAGUGUCUUGGAGUUGAUAGCAGACUGUGUGUCAGAAGUGCAGCAAAUUGCUAUCAGAAAAUGCAUCAAGGGAAGGUAUGAAAAAUGUAUCCAUUGGCUACCGCAAAGUUCAACCUUUCGGUAUCUCAUCCACAGAGAAUUAGCUGGAGGGAGAUAACCAUAUCAUUAAAUUUUUUUGGGUCUGAAUCUCUGUACCAUAAAUAACAAGUCUGCUUGUUUAUUUUGUCUAAUAAAGAGAAUGUGUAAGCUGAAUGGUUGUAUUAGAAAGAGGAAGUUAUUUUUAUGCUUCUUGCAAUUAAGCAGAGUGGUUUUAUAUAGUUGUUGUACAGGCUCUUAGAGUGGCUUAUAUGAUUUAUAUAUAAACCGUUUGGUAGGAUCUCCAACAUUAUUAUUUGGUGGUAGAAAUAGAAAGAACGGAAGCAUUCUCUUUGGUUGAAA